AUGGAUGCAAAGCUGCUUGAGAACGCAAAAACUUUGUUUCGAUCAAAAAAUUCUAAGAAAUACUUUUACUUAGUUACCAAUAAGAUCACGAUUCUCUUACGCAACUUGGACUCUUCCAUGCUCUGCUGUAAGCGAAAGAAGAAGAAGAAGCCUGAGAAUGAUUUGAAGCAAAGAACGAAGAAUCUCAGGGACUCGCCUGAAACUCGUCCAAAGAUCAAAUUUGAUCCUUCCAACUCGCGAAGAUACAAAGAUCUCCCAAAACUUGAAGAAGAUCCGCUAUUGGAAGAAGUUUCCGAAUUGAGUGGAAAGGAACUACUCGGCAUUUCAGCAGAACAAAAACAGACGAUCAUCGACAAUUUAAGAUAUGAAACCCCAGAUGGCUUUUCUUCAGAUUUGGAAGAAGACAGCUCCUACGAAUCAUACCGACUCUUUUGUAGUCUGCCAGACAAGCUUUAUCCUGUGUUAGAGGCGAGCAAGGUGUAUCCUAAAGAAUUGAUGAGACCGGAGAAAUCUGAAGAGACCGAAAAAAGAAGCAAUUUCCGAGAAACAUGGGAGAAGACGAAAAAGGAUGUCGGCAACUAUGAGACGAUCGUCCUCAGCUGA